UCAAUUUACUUCUUCGUGAUUUUUCAUCAUUUACCUUUGAAUAUAUUCCUCCGCAUUUAAUUAUUCUGAUAUAAUUUCUCCCCAUUUCUGUUUUACGAAGUAUUAUCAUUUCAUAGCACCCAUUCUCACUGUGAUCUCUGAUUACUAUCUUUAUUAUCCUUCACCGCAUCGUCCUCUCUCUACGCAGUUAGGGCGUUCUAGAAAUCACCGCCGGCAGCAGCAGCCAUGGCCGACUCCACUCAGCUCAAAGCCGACGCUCUUAUGGAGCAGAUGAAGCUUCACCUCGCCACUGAAGCCGGAAAAGAACUGAUCGAGAAAAUUGGCCUCGUUUACCAGCUCAAUAUCGCCCCUAAGAAACUUGGGUUCAACGAAAAGAUUUAUGUCGUUGAUCUGAAGAAAGGGGAGGUCAAAGAAGGAAAGUAUGAGGAUGGAAGGCCUGAUGCAACCUUUUCCUUUACUGAUGAGGAUUUUCUAAAAAUUGCAACAGGGAAGAUGAAUCCUCAAAUUGCUUUUAUGAGGGGUGCGAUCAGAAUCAAGGGGAGUAUCAGUGCAGCUCAAAAAUUCACUCCAGAUAUUUUUCCAAAACCAUCCAAGCUGUGAACAAGGAAAUGAUCAAUGGACUGUACCUUUACGAUGGAUGCCAUUUCACAGCCAUUCUGCUAAUGUUACUCCCUAGCAUCUAGAUUCUAGAGUAAACUGUUGCUUGCUAAGUUCUUAAAAAGAAAAAGGAAAGGAUUUGAAUUUCUCAUUCAUAUCAUAUAAGAAUGUAUGUUAGCUAAUGUGACAUGGUGCUUUGGGGCAUUGCAUGAUUAUGUUAUGUUAUACUCCUUAUAAAAGUUUGCAUUUCACUUGGAAUAGUAGAUUCAUUUUUCUUUGUUUUACUCAAGUUACACUUAGAGCCCACUUGACAGGGGAUAUUUGGCUGAUAUGGCUGUUAUGUUUUCUGAGGUUUUAGCCAAUCAAGUAAACUAAUUAUUCCUCAGUGAGCUAAUUAUUCCAACCAAUCAAGUUUACUAAUCUGUCGUGCAAUCAAUAUUUAGGACUAUAUGUGGGUGUCAGGAUUCAGGAACCAGUGUAUGUGUAACUUAUGAAUGGUUUUGUACUUUAGUUGAGUUGAAGCAUUUGUACAGGCAAUGCUGAUAUAUACUGAGAAUGGUAUAGAUCCAACUGGAAUUAGUAAUAUUUUAUACUCCGUAACAACAAGUUGUACCCACCCCUUAUACCCACCCACCUUAUACGGUUAUACCCACUUUGUGAAGGUCUUUUUUUGUCUAAGAAGUUUAUGAGUAUUAUAUAUAUGAAUCACUUACACCAUCCUUCCACCAAAACAAAGACUUGGAGUUUGUACUAAGUGCUCUAUUUAUGUGUUAAUUUUUGUUUCAAUCACAUGCACUGCACUAUGGGAGAAUACACUUUUUGUGUUAGUUGAAAGCUAUGAAUGUCAAAUUCCUGAAUGAAAGAGUACUAGCUGACAUGAAGGCAUGAAGUAUUCAAACCUGACUGCGGUUAAGGAAUAAAUAAUAGACCAUUUUGCAUUAAUAAUAGGCCUGAUGAGGAUUAACUUAUACGAGUACAUAAGAAGUGUUAAAUUUUCUUCUUCCCACCAACGAGGUACGAUAGAAUCCAGAAAAGUAUUUUAAUUCGCAACAUAAUGUAAGGUCUAACCAGAAGUUAAAUUUCAUUACUUCCAAAAAAACACUUCAUUGCAUAAAAGAAUCAUAAUCCCCUCAAUAAAAAUAUUUUGUUUAUAAGUGCAGUUUUGAGGCAGUCAUAACCCCCUCAAUGAAAAUUGGUUUGAGCACAUUUCUGAGUAUUCACUUUGGCCAUUGUUCACGCCCCUGUUUGACUACCGCUCGCGGGGCCGUCAUCUACUCCCGUCCCGGGGCGCUGAGGGGCUUUUGUUUUCGGAGGUUUCAUUGGAAACAUGGUCUUCCCAAAGCACUUAAGCCAUGUCGUCCGCACUAAGAAAUGUCCGGCUUCGUCUCUAUCCCCAAUUUUCAUAGCAGCAACUUCUGGUUUAUUUCUAUCUUCCUCGAUUCGUUUCUAUUUUUUUUAGUUUCGGUGUUAUUAUUAUUUAUACAUAAUAAUACAUGUUCUAUCUUUCCCGCCUGAAACUCCAUGUCAGAAAGAGACAUUAAAAAAAAAAGCAAAAAAAGUGUAUGCAUAGCGCUACACCAAUUCUAUUUGUAGGACAAUGAUGAAGAAUAACACGACGAAGUCAACUUUGGAAGCAAAAUGGCUCUUGUGACCCCCACAAGUUAUGCUUAAUAACUUAACUAUGUGCCAAUUAAUUAGCAUAUUAACACAAGGUUAAGAAUAAAUGACACAAUGAUGCAACUAUAAUGCAAGUCCAAAAGGUCCAAGAACUUAGGAUUAUGCGAUCUUCAAUUGUGUAUUGAAUGAUGGUAUCUUUAAAUGCAAUAAUCAUCAUUAAAAGAAAGUAAACUAUCAACUUACACGCGGAAGAAGAUGAAGGGAAAUAGGGAAUGAAGUCAGGUGAGUAACGCUAGCGCCAAUUUUCGGAUCCGGAACCUCCGCCUUGCUUUGCAGCAAGGUAGGGUGCCAGGAUUUGGAGGGCCGUUCGAUCAAACAACCAACGGUCGUAGAUCUUGGUGGACCGCAUCUCGAGGCGUCGUCUUCCUCAUCUGACCGUCCAUUGCCGCAAGGCACCUCUGCCGCACAGCAGAGGAUCUCAAUCCCCAAUUUUCUGGACCGGGUGGGUUCUUAGUCACAUCUAACAUUAACCAAUCUAUUGUAGGUUUGAAUGCUUUCAAACCUAAGGGAGACACUGAGUAAAGUUAAGAGGUUAGGCCGUCAUAAACCACAUGUCUUUUAUGCUUUUAAGAAUUUCAAAAUAAAUUAAAUCUGUCUAUCACCAUUAUUUAAACAUGGAUUGCAAUUUUGGAGAAUCAAAACCACACAUAAGUACAUAACCGAAGAACCAAUGAUUUUUUCUGGAUUACCAUAAGGAUAAUCACAAACAAAUAGGACACAGUAGCACACGAAAAUCACCUUGCUUUAUAGUACGUGUCAUUUAUUCCAAUUCUGUUGAAGUAUUGGCAUGGCAAUAAAAGCUAAAAUCACAAUGUCUUUAGUUCCAUAUAGUUUAUGUUGCUGCCCGUCUCAGUUCUGAAGUGUUUUCAAGAACUUCAAUUUCAAGUUCCACAACUGUUGUGGAGGAGAACUCAAAAAUAAAGGAAGGUGGGUUGAAAUUAGCAAUUGAUACAGUUAUGGUAAAUCAAAGAAGAUAUAAAUUAAAAAAAAAUCAAAUGAAUUGUUGGUAUAAGUUUGAGAAUGGUAAAUAACUUACAUGAAGAAAAGGAGCUAGAAUUGGGAUAUUUCUUUCGACAAUCCCUAUGAACAUAUUUCUAAUCGAAACAGGUACGGCGUCUUUUUGGGUUUCCAACUGUUGUAGAGCAGCACCUGCAAAUGAAGGAAGUGAAUAGUAAUUAUGAGCUUUAGUUAAGAUGAAAAGAAGAAGAUAGAAAAGAAAAGUGCUCCUUAACACCAAUGUUAUACUUUAAUGUC